UGCGGUGGGGUGUGGUAAUGAAUCUCUUAAUUAGAAUCUUUUAGUAAUUUCUUUGCCCUAUAUAUAUAUAUAAAUAUCAAAUAAUUCAUCCCAAAUACUCGAAAUUCUUUCUAUUUUAUUUUGAUUUUCUUUUUGCUUCAGUUCAUCAAGAAAUGUUUGUUUUCUCUCCAUCCGAUUCAAGUUCAACCGUUUCUCCCUUCGGAUUAUUCCAUGUUUCGUUCGAUAAAUUCAAUGUUUUUCUUAAUUGAUUACUAUUCAAAAGAUAAUUGUUACUGUAAUAAAAUUAUUAAAAAGGAAAAGAAGAAAAUAUGCAGACAUCAAUCGGAUUAGGGUUCAUGGCGGUCUUCGCCGUCUCCGGCAGCGUCGUUCUUCUCGCCAAUCAAGUCAACAAACGCCUGCUCUCCGACUUCAUGAAGAAGAUUGAAUUCGAAAUCUCCGGAUCUGAGAAGUUCAACAGCAAGAAAAAGGUUCGAUUCGCAGAAGACGUAAUGGAGCCAUCGUCCAACAACAAAGAGUAUCGGAAGAGAAGCGUCAAAUGUCACCAAAUGAUGAUGAAUCAUCAUCUUGACGAUUCAAUGCCUUUGAAUAGGCUCAUUUUGUAUAAAGGAAUUCUUCAAUACAGAGCCCUUCAGGCCCAGAAGUACUCCAUCAUGUAAUCUUGAAAAAAUUUUCAGUUUUUUUUUUUUUUUGUUAUUUUUAUUUUUUUGUAAAUAGAGCUAUUUGUUAAAAAUAAA